AUGUGUACGCAUGAGAUAUGGACGUACGGGGAAUGCGGCUGCCGUGUCGAUCACCACAUUCCAUGCACUGAGGCAAGAUACCGCGAUGCCGUUUUAUCCCAGUGCAAGCAGCAUCUACCAUCACGAGUCAGUAGCGAAAAUGGCGCUCCUGAGAACGACCUGGUGUCGCCGCUGGCACGACUGGCGCAGCGAACUGCUGCCGCUUCAGAGCAGUCCUUCCGAUCAUGCUCAAUCAACCGCACUGUAAAUAAGAGCUUUCUGGAGCCGAUCUGUGAGGAGUGUCUGUUAGAAGAGCUGCACCAGGACGAAGUGACGGGCUCGACUGAAGACAGAGGAAGACCCGCUGCACCGCAAGGCCUGGUAUGGGACAGUAAUGUCAAGAUUGAGGUCAACGGCGUGCAUUCGGAGCCACAGUCAGGAUCGCCUGCCCCACAACAGCCACCAAGCGACACCAAGAUACUCGAAAGCCAUGUCGAAGUCCGCAUCUCAGACGCUGGCACAGAGCGCACAGAGGCCUCCGUGGCAGAACGAGAGGCAAAAGAGCACGACUCAGCUCCGACGCCCUUCUCCAAUGGCGAUGCCGACUCAGAGUCGUCAGUGCCAGACACCUCCUUCCGCGGAAGAGCUCGCUCGCGAACGAAACAGCUUCGACGGAUGGCGAUGGACGUGUCAAGAGAAGAUAUCGGGCUGCGCGUUUCGUCUCGGCUGCCCUCUUUUCAGCGCCACAGUUUGCAGAACUUCAAGAAUGAACUGCAGCGUGAUGUGAGACAUGUUGAGACGUCAGAAGCGAGUCCUGGCAAAGGCAAGAGUGCGAAGCCAGUACGAAACCUGAUUCAGCGAUUCGUAGAUGCGCAGGAAGAAACAUGGAAGAAGUCGAGAUGUGCCAUGGCCGGCUUGAGGGGAAAGAUGGGUCGCAAGGAAAGAAGCACGGACGCGACACCGACAUCCUCAGAGGCGAACUCGUCUGCGACAGUGAAGGAAGGAGCCACCAACAGCGCUGCGUCACCAACAAGAGUAGUCACGAAUCAGUCUGCAUCAUCUGCAGAAAGCAGAGAUGUUUCUUCCAGCGACCGAAGCGACAGCAACGGCAGCGUACCGCCAGAGAACUUCUAUCUCCACCCGGACGAUCCAUUCCAUCCAAAUGUAGGUCAAAAGCCUCAUCAAGCAGUGUGGAACCAUUCAGAGUCUUCCGUACACUCUUGGAAGGACCAUCUCUCCGUGGAUCUGACGACUAAACGCUCCCGUAAGCGUCCUGGCUUCGUUUCCGAUUCUGGCCAUGGCGGCCGGCCCAAAGUCAUCACCCAUCCGACAGAGCACAACUUUUCCACAUCAACGACUUCUACAGCUGUGUCCUCUAGGAACUGGACGACCACUAUCCCUUCCGGCUCCUCGAACUCCUUCUCGCACCAGUCUUACGAAUACUCCACAGCCAACGAAGAUGACGCCCUCUAUUGUGACCUUCGAGAUGAGCAGAAGCGGCGAUUGCUUUCGGCUUCGAGCAGUGUGCCAUCCUUUCCGACUACAACAAAUUCGGAUCGUUCAGUCAGAGAACUUUCGGAUCCGCUGCAGAGGCGGAGACUUGCAUCACUGGUAGCUUCGGAGGACUUCGAGGAGCCAACGGCAAACGGCUAUACGAUGCAAGCACUCAACGGCAUUGAGGAGGAGAUGGCCAUGGUCGGACUGAUCGACAACCCUUGGAACACGAGAACAAGAUCUACAAGCACAAUGGAGGACCUCCCUGAUACGCCCACAAAGGUCUCCCGGCAGAGAACCAAAUCGAAUGGGAAUCUACAAGUCCAGACACCGCCCAAUAGUAACAUCGGUGCCAGUUUGAAUGGCAACACGCCAGUGACAGCCGUUCGCGGCACGCAAGCCACAAGCACCGCACGGCAGCGUACAAUGUCCAACGAGUCAAUAUCUAGCUUCGCUUCACGCGUCCAGGCUGCCGCUUCCACCAGGAAUGGCCAUUCAUCACCGGUGGGUCAACAGACACACCACCUCUCCGCGAUAUCAGCAUGCCAGACAUUCGCACUAAAAUCGUCUUCUACAUCCCGCUCGCCAAAUGAAGACGAAAGCAGCACGGCGCAGCAGUAUGCCCUUGCAGGUCGGUCCUCUCCAUCUCCAACGCCCUCGCCUGUAACGCCUGCCGCUGGAGUGAUGAGCAGUAAUGCUUUGGCACUUCACAGCUUGUCGACGCCAUUCCAUCAUAGCCUGCAACCGCGAUCACCGGGUUUCGGUGUGGGUAGUAUUGGCGCUGUGCUGGAUAGUGCUGGUUCUGAUACUACGAGGACGAACGAGGAUCUCGCGAGCUCUGAUCCGAACAGAACCCACAGCGUUGAUAACACUGCCAUACGACCGCUGCCAAGCACGCCAGCAAUGAAGCAGAAUGGGACACGCACGCCAGAGAUGGAACAAAUAUCCACACUCACCCUAAACACCACAAGUCCGACGUGUCUCUUCUCGUGUGUUUGGCUGAGAGAGCUGUGUCCCGGGCCAGUAUCGGCCCAUGGCAGCCCUUCCCUGACGCCUGUCAAUGGAGAGUCCCUGCGCUGUGGACGCCUGCUGACGGGCUGGAAAGUCCGCAGCUGUUUGUGUCAUGCUGAUGGGAUUGUGAGGUUUGCCGUCACAGACACUGAUGCCAAGAGCGACGAUGGCGCUUUCGACCAGGAAGAGAAAGAGAACGAGCCUCCAUCCGCAACGCUACGGCAAAUUUACGACAAUUCUGGCAACGACGACGGCACCGGCGAAGUCAUUGACCAACAUCGCUUGGCAGAUACAUUGGAGCGAGAGUGCAGGAGUGUAGCGCCCGUCGUUCGAUAUGUGGUUGGGAGAGAGCUGUGCGAGGGCUGUAUUCUACGAAGUGGUGUCACUUUGAGGUAUUAG